AUGAAAUUUGCCAACCUUACCGCGAACGAUAGAAGUAACGGCGGUGUGAAUAAGUCAAGAGGCAUGAAUAUUUUUAUCAGUUCUUGUGCCGUCAUAGUGUUGGCGGCGCUAUUGGCGUUAUUGUUGCAAUCGGAUUCAGAUGCUUCAGGGUCGGCGAAAUAUUUUACAGAUACCGUCGGCGAUGUAUUUGAUGAAAUCGGACGUACCGAAUUUAUAGUGUCCGAGUCAUUGCUAGAAACGCUCGGUAAAUAUCGUGACAUUGCCCCGAGGAUCGGUAAGCCGGUAUUUAAGGGCAGUUCAGAGAUUGCCGAAAGUUUAUUAGAACUGGCAGAUGUUGCAUCCGAUGCCGUAACAUCAAUUAUAGCCGUCGGCGAUGGUGGAAAAGCUCUUUUUCGGCUAUUUCGUUGGCAAUUACGUGAGAUCAUUCAUAUAAUCAACAAUUCAAAAAAGAAUCUGGACCAGGAAGCCAUCGAGGAUAUUAGAGCUCGAAUCACGAGCGUUUUACGGCAGACGGAACAGCUGAAUGAACAAAUAAAAGAUGCGGGACUUAGACUCAAAACCGUUUCUAAUAAGCAGACAUGGACACUCAAGCGGCUCCACAAUGGCCAAUACGAGAGUAAACGCUCUCUUGAGGGUGCGCUUGAACGCAAUCAAAAUUUUCUGCAAUUCCUAUUCGGCGAUGCAGUAGAACGUCAAUUGAGACGAAGCGAGUUAAAUGAGAUUCUGCCAUUAAUCGAUGCGAUGAUUGGGGCAGUAAGUGAAAUGAAUUAUGAUAUUCCGAGAUUACAAAAAAAGGUGUACGAAUUUAGGGAGGCUAUGAAAACUCUGUCAAGUGAAUUAAUGCAUUCGACGGCACACAAAGGAAUAACAAAAAUUACCCUGGAAUAUCUGAUAGAUGCUCUGCAUAUAGCUGAAGAAAAAUAUUAUAUAUCAUUCAGAAAGAGGAAAACCAAAGAUUAG